AGAAGAAGGAAAACAGAGGACGGCAGCGGAGGAAAAAAGUUGGCCCAACACCACUGCAGUGAUGUCACAAGCAUGUGACCCUGCUUCUCCAGUGACAGUGUUCUGAGGGAAAGAAAAAAGAUUUUUUAAAGGCUUGUGCCUCUUUGGGUUUGUGUGAAGGCUCUGCUCACCUCCCGAGCAACCACAGAACCACAGAAAAGUUCAGCUUAGGAUUUUUGCACGGCGGCACGUAAAUGGUUAACUGUCGCCGGUCAGCUUCAGGUUUGAGGACCGCACCAACCAAGGCAUCAAGGGUCACCGAAAACCACAGAGAAGCAAAAUUUGGGCGACCAUGGCAUCCAACAGCCUCUUUAGUUCUAUGACCCCAUGUCAGCAGAACUUCUUCUGGGAUCCCAGCGCCGGCCGGAGGUUCAGUCCGCCGGUGUCGGUGAAGAUGAAUGAUGUGAACCCGAGCGCAGGACAGCAGCAGCAGCGGCAGCAGGACAGCGCGGUGGUGCCAAGACUCCGCGCGCAAGAGAACCGCUCCAUGGCCGAGAUCAUCGCCGACCACCCCGCAGAACUGGUGCGGACCGACAGUCCAAACUUUCUCUGCUCGGUUUUGCCUUCUCAUUGGAGGUGUAAUAAAACGCUACCUGUUGCGUUUAAGGUGGUGGCCCUGGGAGAGGUUCCUGAUGGGACGGUGGUCACAGUGAUGGCUGGGAAUGAUGAGAAUUAUUCAGCUGAGCUCAGGAAUGCUUCAGGUGUAAUGAAGAACCAGGUGGCCCGCUUCAACGAUUUGCGCUUUGUGGGCCGAAGCGGAAGAGGGAAGAGCUUCACCCUGACGAUUACAGUAUUCACAAACCCACCGCAAGUGGCCACUUACCACAGAGCCAUAAAGGUCACGGUGGACGGACCGCGGGAGCCCAGGAGGCACAGGCCGAAGCUGGAUGACUCACCGAAGGCCGGACUCUUCUCUGACCGCCUCAGUGAACUGGAGCGUAUCCGGCAGACCACCAUGCGGGUUACCAUGCCAACACAAACGCCACGGCCCUCGCUUAGCAACCCCAACUCCUUCACACCUCAGGGGCAGACGCAGAUAACAGAUCCACGCCAGGCUCAAUCUUCCCCACCUUGGUCAUAUGACCAGACGUACCCAUCCUACCUGGGUCCCAUGGCCUCCCCGUCCGUGCACUCCACCACCCCGCUCUCUUCCAGUCGGGCCACAGGGCUGCCGUCCAUCAGCGAUGUGCCCAGACGCCUCCCAGGUUCGACAGAUCUGAGUCCUUUUCCUGGCCAGUUUGAGCGUCAGUUCCCUGCUUUCUCCUCACUCACCGAGAGCCGGUUUUCCAGUCCCAGAAUGCACUACCCGGCCACCUUCACGUACACGCCCACCCCCGUCACCACCGGAAUGUCCCUCGGCAGCGCUCACUACCACACCUACCUUCCUCCGCCGUACCCCGGCUCCACCCAGAACCAAAGCGGACCCUUCCAGAGCAGCAGCACACCUUAUCUCUACUACGGUGCCUCCUCGGGCUCCUACCAGUUCUCUAUGGUUCCGGGAGGAGACCGAUCGCCCACCCGGAUGAUGCCACCUUGUACUAGCGCGUCCACAGGAACCAGCCUGGUCAACCCAAACCUCCCGGUCCAGGCUGAUGGAAGUGGGGGGGUGGAGGGAGACGGUAGUCAUAGCAACUCCCCCACUCUGCUUCAUCCUGCUGGUAGAAUGGACGAAGGCGUGUGGAGGCCAUAUUGAUCAUUGAUCAGUUACGUGAGCAUAGAAACUCCAAACAAACGGCAUGGUUUUAAAGCACAAACCUUACUAGGAUGUUCAUCCUGUCUCGCUGAGCUACUUUCCCUCACUAACAUGAGUAUUUAUGAGCCUGUUAAAAGGGAAGUAUUUUUUACAUUGGACUUUGUUGUUGUUGUACAUUAUUCUGGACCUUUUGACCUCUGGGAAUCAUAGGCGGGAUUAUUUGGAAUUGAAGGAACAGAGAUGGAUGGAGUAUUUUAUUAGCAUUAUGUUAUUAUUUACUUGUCUUGGCAUGUUUUUUAAUAUAUCGUUUAAAGCACUGAACAACACCUGUAUGACUGUUUGUGAUCAAAUAUCUCUUUUUGUGCUUUUUUUUUUUUAAGUUAAGCAUUUAAGUUAUACGUAUUUGAUAAAAGGAUUUAAAGUAACUUAUAAAAGCCAUAGAUUCGUUAAUGUAUUUGGAACUUGAGUCAUAUAGGGAAUAUUUUUGUAAAGCAUCUAUGUUCAAGUUUAUGCAACUAAUUUACGGUAAUUUCUGUGCCUUAAUUGAUCACACAGAGUUGUAUGCUGAAGUCUCUGUGUCUAAGUACACUACAUUUGUAAGCAGUUAAUAUUGCUUGAUACUAAAUACUUUUUCACUGUUUUAAAGCUUUAAACCAAAGAAACAGCCACGGAUGCUCAAAAGUGUUUGCCAAUAUGCUAGAUCAAGCUUCCUUUGAUGUGCAUGUGCUGGGAUAAUUUAUAAUGUUGCUUAAUCAAAUGUGGCUGGGAAAGGUUUCCAGUGGGGGAAUAUUGAAGGUUCUGGAUGUGUCGUACACGGAUAUUCUUUUCCGCAUAACUGGAGCAAUACAUAUCCUCAAAAAAGUGGUAAUAAACUCAGUUAUGGCACUAUAAUACCAGUUGCAACAAUGCAGCUAUAAAUUAUUUUAGUUUUCAACAUAUGAAAUUGUUCUCAAUAUUUUCAGUUUUCAAUGUUUAUAAUAAUAAUAAUAAUACAUGUGUUUCGAGCAGCAAAUCAGCAUAUUAUAUUU